AUGUCGGCCGGAGGCGAACAUCUUAAAGAUGAGGGCACCAAGCGGCAAACAGUGCUGGCCGGCGGGAUAGCAGGACUAAUCUCACGGUUCUGCAUUGCGCCGCUAGAUGUCGUCAAGAUCCGACUGCAAUUACAAGUCCACUCGCUUUCGGAUCCGGCAAGUCAUCAAUCGGUCCAGGGACCUAUCUACAAAGGAACCUUAUCGACUAUGCGGGCUAUCAUGCGACAGGAAGGCAUCACAGGCCUUUGGAAAGGAAACAUACCCGCAGAAAUGAUGUACGUCUGCUACGGCGCGCUCCAAUUCACCGCAUACCGAAGCACAACUCAAGUUCUCGCCGAAUUACCCUACCGAUUACCCCCGUCCGCCGAAUCCUUUGUCGCAGGCGCCGCAGCCGGUGGAAUGGCCACAGCUACAACCUACCCACUCGAUCUCCUCCGCACACGCUUCGCCGCACAAGGCCCCGAGCAGAUCUAUAAAUCCCUCCGCGCCUCGAUAGUCGAUAUAGCACGACACGAAGGCGUAGCGGGAUUCUUCCGCGGAAGCUCCGCGGCUAUUGUCCAGAUCGUUCCGUACAUGGGUCUAUUCUUCUCCGCAUAUGAAGGGUUCAGACCGAUAAUGGCCAACGUGGAUCACAUGCCGUUCGGAACGGGGGAUGCGGCUGCGGGUAUCUGUGCGAGUGUGCUUGCCAAAACGGGAGUUUUCCCCUUGGAUCUUGUGAGGAAACGGCUGCAGGUUCAGGGUCCUACAAGGACGCGAUAUGUACAUCGAAAUAUUCCCGAGUAUACUGGGGUGUUUCGGUCUAUUGGAAUGAUAUUGCGUACGCAGGGCGUGCGCGGGCUCUAUCGCGGGUUGACUGUUAGUUUGCUUAAGGCCGCGCCGGCUAGUGCGGUCACGAUGUGGACGUAUGAACGGGUCUUGCGCAUCUUGCAGGAGAUGGAGGUGGCGGCGCUGGCCUGA